UUUUUUGUAAACCUUCUUCCAAUAUGUUGCGUUCUCCUCAAGAAAAAGGUGCUGGGGAUAGACUUGGUAGGUCUCUGAUUGAUAUUGAAGAUCCCUGUGAGGUGUCACAAGAUAAUAUACGUAAUCCGUAUGACAGGUCUGAAAUUUGUGCUACUUCGGUAAAAUUACCACAAUUUUGGUCUAACUGUCCUGAAGCAUGGUUCGUGCAUGCCGAGAUGCAAUUUGCUACAAAGGGAAUUAGUAGGGAUUCGACCAAGUACGAGUUCGUUAUAACUGCCUUGCCUCAAGAAGUUAUUGCGAAUGUACUUGAUGUUAUACAAAAAAAAGUUCUCAUUGACCGACAUUCUUUAAGCGAGCAGAGAAGACUUGAUAAAAUUUUGUCAGAUACUGAGAUAGGGGAUCGCAGACCUUCCGAGUAUUAUAGGACCCUUGGUCAGUUAGCGGGUAGCACUAUAGACCCGAUUUUCUUAAAAAAUAUUUGGUUGCGGAAACUACCUAAAAGUUUGUAUGUUGCAUUAACCAGCGCUAAUUUAAAUAAUAUUAAUGAUCUCUUGCAACUCGCAGAUAAAAUUUGGGAAAUUACCAGUGGUAGUGAAAUUUGUGCUGUUAAAAGUAAAGUACUUACUUCUUCAAAUAAUUUUGAUGACUUAGGGAAAAUUGUGGAAGAUUUAGCGAAGGUUACGACGAAAAUGUGUGAAAGUUUUAAUCGUUUGCAGUUGGACAUUAAUGAGAUUAAAACGCAAAUAUAUGAUAGACCAUCACGAUCAAGAAGGAGGUAUUUUAGUAAUAAUAAAAAUUCCCAGUCACGUAGUAAGUCUCAAUCUAAAAAUUGGGUCUGUCGGUACCAUUUCCGUUUUGGUAGUAAAGCACGUAAGUGUGAAGAACCGUGUGCCUUUAAAAGAAAUAAUUCUGACUCGACAAACUAGGACAUGCUGUUGUUGCAGCGACUAACAAUGGCAAUUUGAAAUUUUCAACACGUCGCUUAUUUGUAUUAGACAAAGAAAGUAAGCUUAAAUUUUUAAUAGACAGUGGUGCCGAAAUUUCAGUUCUUCUUCCCUCCAAAUUCAAAAUUCACAAACGAUCUUCCGACAUUAUUUUAACUGCUGCAAAUGGCAGUAUGAUUUCGACCUAUGGAAAGAAAUUAUUAAAUGUUAAUUUGGGACUUCGUCGGGAAUUUCCGUUUGUAUUUCUUAUUGCUGACAUUUCUAAACCCAUCAUAGGGGCAGAUUUUUUAGGGAAGUAUGGACUCUUAAUAGAUAUAAAAAAUAAGAGGUUAAUAGAUCCCUUAACUAACUUGUCUGUCGACGCAAUAUCUGCGUUUUGUAAUAUCUCUUUGCCAAAAAUAUUUUCGGUUGAAAACCAAUAUACAAAGCUUAUAAAGAAUUUUCCUUCAUUAAUUUCUGAACCAGAUUAUAACAAAAAAGUUGAGCAUUCGACAGUUCAUCAUAUCAUAACAAAUGGAGUAUUACCAUUCUGUAGCCCGAGACGCUUAGAUCCAAUCAAAUACAAAAUAGCAAAGGCUGAAUUCGAUUUUUUACUGAAAUCCGGGAUAUGUCGUCCAUCUAAAUCCCACGGAGCAUCGCCACUGCACCU